AUGAAUUCACAAGAUUUAAUAAUCUAUUAAACAAAUAAUAGUUCAAAUAAAUUAGAUGAAGAGUGCUCCUUUUAUUUGGGAGAAGCCAUUAAAGAAUGCUAGAAUAUUUAGCACUUAACUUUUAAAAUUGAAGAUUAAAAUAAUAUGAAUCAGAUUUUGGCUUACAUUUUGUAAGGAAUUAGCUUUUGCAAGAAAAUAAAAGAAUUUAGAUUUCAUGUAGGAGAAUAACAAAUUGGAGAAGAGUUUGGUGUUGAUGGUUCGAGAAUGCUUGGUUUUGUCUUAAAUGAGCUUAAGCAAUUAGAGAAGCUGCAUAUUACUUUAGGAAAUAAUAAUUUGAUAGAUGCAGAGUCAGUUGAGUUAAUUUGCCAAGGAAUUAAAGAUUAAUCUCUCCUUUAAGAGUUCUCGUUUGUAUUUGGAGACUUUAAUGGAUUAGGAGUUUAAGGUUUAGAUCAAAUAUCUUAAAUGGUUGCUAGCAAUUAAGGGCUUAAAUUUCUAAGUUUAAAAUUUGGAAAAGACAACUAAAUAGGAGAAAAUGGACUCAAAAGUAUUGGAGGUUUAUUGCAUAAUUUACCUAAAUUAGUUUAGUUAGAUAUAUAUUUAGGAAAAUAGUGUUGUACUAACUCUAAGGGGUUUUAGCAUUUAUUCAGCUCAAUUAAAUCUUGUUAAAAUCUCAAAAACCUAAAAAUUUUCAUUGGAGAAGGAAAUAAUUUUGGAGAAAUGGAAUCUCUUGGAUUUGAAUAAGGAAUCUAAGAAUUACUAUAUAUAGAAGAAUUGAGUAUUUUAGUUGGAGAUAAUAACAACCUAAAAAGUACAGGCACAAAAAAUAUAGCUAACUCGAUAAGAAAAUAUCAAAAUCUAAAAACACUGACAAUAAAUAUUCUUUAUAAUGAAAUAGGGAAAUUAGGAGCUUAGGAAUUAGCUUGUUCCUUGCAAAAUUUUAAUUCACUGAUUUAAUUGAAUUUACUUCUAGGCAACUGUAACUUCAUAGAAUCUGAAGGAGCUGAGAGUUUAUCAUAAGCCAUUUAGAAAUUAAAGAAUUUAAGAUAUUUAGAUAUUCACUUAGGAAAGUAAUCAAGGUAUUAUUGA